CACAGAUAGUUGCACACAAGAAUCGGGUUUUUUUUCGCAGAGAUGUGAGUCCGCAAAAUUAUUGUAGGACAAUAAAAACUACUACCACCUCCAACAUGCCAACAGCAAGAACACUGUUCCCUUCGCGAUUUCGGCCGCGGCUGCGCAUGUGGCAACUUUCUCUGGUUCUCGCCGCGCUCGCAAAGCAGCAUGUCGUCGUGGCGCCGGAAGAAGGCACCGCAGCGGAUGACCAGCUGAACGCUGAAAAACAAGAGAGCUGCGAUGUUGCGGAUCCCACUGCCGUUCCGGAUCGCGUUCGCGGAGUAGAUCACCACCCGCAGGGGUAUUUGGAAACGGAGUUUACCGACCCGACCGACUUUGAUGUUAAUGCCGAGCCUACUUCUGCUACAACUUCAACUUCUUCAAACGUGGCGGGUGGACAAGAUAAUCAAGAAACAACAACGCUGCAGACAUCAGCGAUUCUGGAGCUGGACCAGCUCGAGGAGCUGAAGAGGAACGACAAGCAGGAUUUAUUUGAUGAAACUUCUGCGCCCGGUGUGGUCGUGAGAGGUGAGACGUUGACAAACUACAACCUCGCUGACGAUAUGAGCAGUGACGCUGGCAGUGUGCUCCACCUCGCAUCCACUUCUCGUAGAAGUUCUUCUACCGGGCGAGGGAAUGCUGGCAUGAUCUCGCAGGUCGCGGCGGACAGUACUAGCCAGUGGGACUCGUCGUAUAAGAACGAAAAUUGGAACCCGGGUACGCAGAAGCCGUUCAGGCCCGAUGUGAGGACCCGUGAAGACCGAGGUGUGCCAACCAAAGAAGAGCGGAAGGAGGCACACCCAUACUACCGCGAGAUCACCGACGAAGGGAAGCCGUCGAAGAUUCACAACGGCCACCUUUGUAUCUGCACGAGCCCGGACGCCGCCGGAAAAUUUGACGAGAGCGAACCGCUGCAGUAUUACGUGGCCUUCGCCUACCCGGACAUGCUCGACCAGGCGGUGGCGUGGUGGCGGAAGAACUACAAGAGUACCGCGGAGAAGUUGCCGACGUACGACGUGACUGAGUUCCGGGAUCACGACGCCAAGUGGGACGCUGUGCCUGGUAGCGCGACCGUCCGCAAUGCAGUGGGAGCGGACCCGAUGCGUGGCUACCGGAACUCCCUCCCGCUGGACGCAAACAAGUCGCUCCCAAAACUGGACGCCGAACGGUUCAAGCAACUGGCCGCGCGUGAACAACGCAAUCGGAAGCAAAUGUACAAGGAGUUCAAAGUGAGAGAGUUCCUGCGCCGGGUCCGGGGUGGGCGGGGAAAAACGGGCAACGAAGAACGCUACCGGCGCAUGCGGUCGCAGGAGUACAGUGUGGAGUGGGCGAGUUGGUUUGAACUUUGGUUGAUGUCCGAGAAGUACAUUGUCCCCGUCGUGCCCGAGGACCGGGAUGGGUUGAUUCACCAGGAGGAUCUGAAGCGACAGAAGACGCAAGAGCCGUUUCAAAAGGUGAAAAUUUACACCCGGAGGACCUGCUUCGGGGGGCAGCCCGUUGUCGAUGUGAAGAGCCGCCCGACGCGAGGGUCCAGAGAGGAAUUUACUUGCAACAAUUGGGAGCAGAGCUCCCAGUCCGCGCUGGGGUGGGUAAACUGGGCCCAGCUGUGCCCAAAGGCGAUGAAGUUCGGGCCCGACGACCGGUCCGGGGUCGAUCUUUACGAGCUUGUGCUGCGGAAGCAUCUGAUGGAUUUUAGCGACGAAGAGUGGGACGACAUAUCCUGUGCAAAAGUAUCGUACUCGUAUGGCAAUCAUGCAUUACAAAUCUUUUUUUUAAGGGAAAGCCGCAUUACAAAUUUCACUUCUCAUGCUGAGGAAACUUGUAAUGCAUUUAUACGAGUACGAUACUUUUGCAGUCCAUACGACAGCGCGCGGGACGACGUGCUGAGAAACCUGAUUGCCGACGGGACGGUGCGAGGGAUUUCCCGGAAUUUUCCGUUCAAGUUGAUGCUGCUCAAGUGCGUGAAGGAAGGAUUCGAAGACCACUUUGUAGUGGAAGUGACCGACCAGGAGGCUGAAGACGCGUACGAGGACACAUACGACGUCGAAAAAUGGAACACGAACCGGCUCGGCAUCUGGAACGGUCUGGAUCCCACGUGGCGCUGGAGAUGGAGAAGUGGGGGAGGUAAGCUCUACCGCUUUGCCCCGGCGCACGUGCGCCAGAAGUGCAAAAAGUCGUGCAGAGUCCUCGACCUGGAGUACAACAGCGACAGCGUGCAGCCCUACAUCGAGAAGCGGAAGGAGCGGUAGCCUGCAAAAAGGCGCAUCGUGGUGCUCGCCGGAGCUCUAGACUGAUUGUUGUAAGUAGAACAAGAUGUUGAUCUUAUUUAUGAGAAUGUUGUCUUCAUCAUCGGGCCAUUUUUGUCUGUACGCAAAAGUUGUGUCCCUAAAGGCGUGCGGGUUUCACAUUCUUGUUGACGGGCCCCAUCACGAUUGAUAACGCGUAGUACAUAAACGACAUCAACAAUGUGCGCAAAAGUGUGUGAGGAAUGCUAAUGCUACUACUGAAACUGAAAUGAGUACAACAGAUACAGAAACAAAUAGAAUUCGAGUAUCCGUGAAGUUUUGAAAGUGGCAGUGUCCGUCGUGCAACGCGGAAUAUAUCGGGGAGACGAUUGCGACGGA